AUGGACGAAAGAGAGAACUAUCCGCCUGCUGGGAGACUGAAUCGUCUUCAACUCGACGAUAUCGAUGACGAAAACUCGGAUUAUUACGAACAGCUAUGGAACGAGAAGCUCCGAGCGAGAGAGCCAGAAACUAGCGGUAAGUACCUGCGGGAAGAGAGUCUGUCAGCGGCAGCAGCGGCAACCGGGGAGCCGCUUGGCGCUGGUGCUCAGAUCUUUCGAAGACGGCAGUUGCAGCGGCUCCCAGUUGCUGAGCGUGCCGCGCUGGUCGCCGAUGAUAUCUCCAGGCAACCGGAGGAAACGCCGUCUGGCAGCUCGCAACCUUUUCCGGAGCUGUAUGCGAUCCCGGGUGCGCUCUGGGCCGCAUGGAAAUCGUUUAUGAAUGCGCAGUGUGGUCGGCCGAGGUUUGCAGCAUCGGGCUUGUCGUUGGAGGCACUGUGGCAAACCGCUCAGCGCUACAACUUUGUGUUGGCGCUUGCAGCGCUACUUGCGGCAUUACAGCUCUUCGGCUUACUGGGCGAGUUUGUUGCAUUUGCAUACUACAUCGGCAUGCCGCUGCAUCGAACCUGGAGGGUGAUUGCUUCAGAUGGGUCUAGUCCGCGACACUACGAGCGCUUGCGGCAGCAUCUGUGUUUCUGGAAUCUUGCCUGUAUGCUGUGGGCGGUGCGGUUUGCGGCGGUGCGCAGCAUCCUGCCUGCCUGGCAGAUGCUGUUUGCAGCUCUUGGUUUGGGCAACGGCGUUGCAUCGGUAUGUGAGAAGGCUCUUAACCUGGGCUUCCAUCUGACUUUGAAUACCUUGAUGUGGUGGCAACCUCAAAGCCGUUCUCCGGGCACCGUAGAGGAGUAUCGCGGCGCCGAGCAGCUCUGGUACCAAGCAGUGCACCAGUGGAUCAUGCCGCGCCUGAUACGACUUGUGGAGCGUAUUCGCGAGCAGAUGCAGCGGGCCGGCUAA